AUGUCGAGGAACCGCCAUCCAUCGACACGACAGCCACCUCCUCGAGCGGCGGCCGCUGGUUUGCCCGGAACAGAGCUCACCGCCACCGCCGCACAACCGCCCCACCCGCAAGGUGUUCAUCAGAUUGCCAUGAUGGACAGCGACGACGAGAUGAUGGCUCAAAUUCAGGCUGACCAGAUCCGCCGCUCUGCUAGAGCAAGUGCACGUGUUUUUAUAAGGAUAGAUCCUCCACGAUCAAGGACAUGCCACAAGCUGGGCAGGCGUAAGAUCCAGCAUCGCUACAAACAGGACCAGAUACCACAGAGUUGUGUUCGCACACGAAGUGUACCCUCGCCACUGAGGGCGAUGCGUAACAACACGCGCCGAGCGGGGCUCGCCAAAAGUUUGAAAACUUCACGUAUGCUCCGAUUUAUAUUUGAGGCAGUUUACAAUUCAGAACCAAAUCAUAGGAUCCCAGCGCAGCGUACCUUCUUCUUGGUGGUGCUGCUGCUCGUGUUGGCGGCCGUUCAAUCUGCAGCGCAGCAAGGAAAAAGAUACAGCGUCAUGGACUUCCAUGCUGCUGGGGAUGGCAGCACAGAUGAUGCAAAGGCGUUCGCGGCGACAUGGAACGCAACUUGCGGUGACAGCAGCUCGCCGACCAUGGUCAUCCCUGGAGGAAAGACGUUCUUGCUAAGCCAGAUCAGGUUGGAUGGACCCUGCAAGUCACCUGUCACCGUGGAGCUGGACGGGAAGAUCGUGGCGCCAAACUCCAUCUGGACGACGGCAGCAGCGAACCUUCUUACCUUCUACAGCGUAAACAACCUCACGGUGAACGGGAGCGGCCAGAUGGACGGUAACGGCGACAUCUGGUGGACUUGCUUCAACCAAAAGAAAUGCCAUGUCCGGCCAAUUUUGCUGGCAUUCGCAAGCUGCAACAACCUAUCCGUGAAGAACAUACACCUGAAGGACAGCCCCGACAAGCACAUGACCUUGUUCCGGUGCAGCCAGGUGCAGGUGAACAACAUGUCCGUCAGGGCGCCAGGCGACAGCCCUAACACGGACGGGAUCAACAUGGCCUUCUCCGACCACGUUUAUAUCUCGAAUUGCUCUUUCCAAACCGGAGAUGAUUGCGUGUCGAUCCUAUCUGGCACCAGCGAUGUUACUGUCUCUAACAGCACGUGUGGGCCUGGUCAUGGCAUCAGCGUGGGAAGCCUUGGAGGUGAUGGUUCGACAUCACUUGUGGAAAGGAUUACAGUAUCCAACUGCAGCUUCUCCAAAACGUUGACUGGCGUGAGGAUCAAAUCGUGGCAGGGAGGCAAUGGCAAAGCAAAUGGGUUCCUUUUCGAGAACCUCAACAUGACUGAUGUCCAAUUUCCUAUUGACAUUGACCAGUUUUAUUGUCCCCGGGGAAAUUGUCCGGCACAGGAUAGCGCUGUGGCCAUAUCCGACGCCAGGUUCAUCAACAUCCAGGGGACAUCCUCCAACCCCGAAGCCAUCCGGAUUCUGUGCAGCCAGAGCGUGCAGUGCCGCGGCAUCUAUCUCGACAACGUUAAUCUGACCUCCUCUAGCCAAACCGCCCAAACACGAGCCACUAUUUCAAAUGCCUACGGAACCGUUGGGGGCAUGGUGAAACCACAUGUACAGUUCCUGGGCGCUUGA